AUCCCACUGGUCUAGAUAGCCAGGGAUGCUGGGAUAUCGUCUCGAGACAACUCGCUUUCACGGCGCUAGAGACUGGAAGGAGUGAAUGAAAAUUAUACAGUGCGAAAGUUUAGUGUGGAAAAGAUUCCAGUGAUACAAACGAGUGGUUAACAAGUAAGCUGCACGACUAUAAAAUGUAUCUUGAGGAAGUACAAACAACCUCCAGGUGACAGCCCUUUACGGCGGGGUCAAGAAAAGGUCAAAACCAACGCCUCUUCCCUCCUGCCUAAUACCCACCCCUCCCCACCACGCACCUGGAGGUCAGAGCAAGCCCCUAAGUGAUGACGUCAUCAGCCCUUUCUAUCCUGUAAGGAAGACAUGGAAAAUAGAUAAGUGAGCGACCUUAGGAAGGGACGAUGGAGUGACUCUUGUCAGCGGUGACUGCUAGAGCCAGGUGCUUGGGCCCAGGUGGGACUAUGGGCUGCAUGGAAGUGUUGCUACUCACGGUGACCGCUGGUGUCUCGCUGGUCCCACACCCCGUGUUCCGGGAGUGAAGGAGGAGCCCGCGGAGGGCGAGGGUGAUGGAGGGCCGCCCGGGAGUCUCAGCCACUCUUCCGCGCAACAGGGUCGCAACUCUGCCAGGGUACCGCGUAGGACCCGUACGCUAUGAUGUUCGCCUGGCGCCCCAAGACGGUCCUGGGGCGUUGCUCCCCACCCGGAGGUGUUCUGAGGGGGACCUCGUAACAACAACGCGAAAGAACUGCGUGCUGGAAGACGGAGCGGCCGUCGACGGUGUUCGGGACACGCAGAGACACCCGGCUCUUCGGCCGCUAGUUAACAACGGGCCAACCACCCAUUCUCUACGCCCUUCUGGAAUUUCAGGGGCGACUUCUCAGGAGGCCAUUGCAUCGCCUUUUCCCCAGAAGGAAGCCCAUUCGUUGAUCAGCCACAAGCUUCCUGUCCCUGUCGUCUCGCCCCUCCUCCCCCCCGUGUCCCCACGCCCUCCCGCCGGCAGGCGAAGCUUCAACGCCUUGCCUCGCCCGUGGGUGUCGCCUGCGCCCCAAGCAGAGCAAAACGCUGCCAGUGAGAGCCCGGACAAUAGAGGGAGUGACAGUAGCGGUGUAGGCGGCAGGUGGCGUUUGGCGCCAACAGAUGGCGUAAGCGUUCACACCAAGAGCGGCUCCGACACAAGCCCGCUAAAAUUAUCAUCAAACCCUCCCGAGGCGAACAAGUCAGCUUCCCUGUGGGGUGGUGCGCGUCCAGCGCCGCCCAUAAACUCUCCCGUCGACGCCACAACUUUCAAAAGCGAGGCCACCAUUCUAGUGACGCAGUGUGACGGCACCCAGGCCGCUCGACGACCCUCGCAGGGCAGUCGCUCUCCGAUAUGUUGGCGUCGGGGCGUUGGCAAUCUCAGCCUGUUGAAGACCGCCCCCAGUAAUGAGGGCGAGGGUAUGGGGGCGCAGCGGACAGCGGCGCCGGGUGCUGCUGCAGGAGGUGCGGUCGUAGUGGAGGAAGUGAGGGCGGACGGGCUGCCUCCCCCCGCCGCUAAAUAUACGUGUUGUGUGGCGGGCCGCUCCCCCCGGCAGCUGGUGCCCCGCCACGCCACUAUGUUUAGCUACCCGGGCCCGCCGCGCCCUGCCAUCCCGGAGGAACCCGCCAGUGCGCACCUUACCAGUGACCAGCGCAGUGCUCAGCCGCCCACACCGCCCACUCACGCCCAUGGCAGAACAGUGCAGUGUGAAGUGUUUUCCGGCGGAGGGGGCGGAAGUGUAGCGACGGGGGGCAGCGGUCAUGGGGACCGUGUGGCCCCCCCGGAGCCAGUGACCCCCCAGGACAAUUGUGGCGCAGCCCCCAGCAGCUUCAGAGAUAGGACAAGCCGCAGGCUGGUACGGCCUAGACCAGAAAUACCAGAUCAUUUAUACCGACGGUGGGCGGCGCUGCUACCUAGUGAUGCUGGCAUAAACUACAAGCAUAAACCACAGCAGGAAGGUGUCGAGGGUCACGGUGGCGUGGGGCCCUCCGGGGGGCCCGUGGCGGGGCCUACAGAUGAGGGAGCCCGGACGCUGACGUUACCUGACCUCAGUCCUGCAUCAGGAGGGCCACCUGAGUCUCCCGACUACAAGGUAGACUUUUCCUCCAGUAGCGCUGCCCGGUUCCGACUGGGCAACUCUACCGGCGCUCUGGGGGGCGGAAGGAAGGAAGGGGGGCGUGGCCCCCCACCAUCACGCCCGCCCCGAUCUCGACAGGAUCAUUUGGAGAGUCUUAGGAAAUGUACGGAGCGCCUUAAAACCCCUUCGCCCGAUAAGAAGGUCCGAGCCGACUCUGCCCCUCCUCCGGACACCAGCUCGGCGGGCAAGGGGCCCGAGAGCGUCCCUCCGCGGGCGAAGACGAAGCCUCGCUCCGUCGUGACUCGCCAUCCCUCCCUGGGGAAGAGCCCCAGUCUGCCCCCUCAGCUCCCAUCCGCGAAGGAUGGAGGGGACAGCAAGUCUUCGUCGCCGCCCACCGCGAAGGACCAGAAGGAUGUGGGUCCUCAGGGUGGCGCUCGUGAGGAUGAGGAUGUCUUUAAGGAGGACAUCGCAAAACUUCCUCCGCGACCGCGGCCCGAACCUCGACUGGGUAUCUCUCCCCGAGUGAUCCCCUUCAGGUCAGCCUCGGUGUCGCAGGUGGACGUGUCCUCCGAUGGCCCUUUCUCCUCGCGCAGCAGCAAGUCUCCAACUGCCAUCCGCCUCUACCCCAUCUGUACGAAUUACUAUUUCUCGAACACCCUGCCGCGGCGCAAGCCCGUCGUGGCUGACAAGGAGGAGGGCAGGACCCAGGAUGGCCCUGAGCUCCACCCGCCGCUCGCAGCCGCGGUAUCCAUCAGUGACAUGACCAACGUUGGUGCCAAGACGGGCUCCUCGCCGCCAGAGAAGCUCGAGAACAAGUCCAAGUCCGAGAGCGAGUUGUCGGCGGCGGGUCUGAGGGCCGGCGAGGGCGGGAGUCCCAAGGUCGAUAUCCUGGUGAAGGACCUUCGGGACAACAACAACGCCCGGGGCAAGAAGGCCGACUUCAAGGAAGAGCCAGACGAGGAAGGGAAAAGGGAUAAGCCAAAGCAUUUAAAUGUAAAUGAAAUUGAAUUAAAACGUGAUCAGAAAGGAGAAAAUGACUCGAAGCAGAUGGCAAGUGAAAAUACUAAGCUUGAGAUGCCUUCGCACAGUGACGAGGCUCAGGGUGUAAAUAAAGCAGAUUUUAAAAAGAAUACAACUGAAAGUGAUGCGAAAACAGUGCAAAACGUUAAUGAAAACGAUUUUAAAACGGAUAUAACAAAAGUUAAUAACGAGCAAAAUCUUUUCGAUGGUGGGAAAAAUACCAGUGCUUGUGUUGUUGAUCAUAAAGAUUUUAAUGUAGGUGAUAUAGCUAAUUCAAAAAUAUCUAUAGAAAUUUCAAGUGAAACACCCCAAAAGCUAGAGAUAAAUUCAAAAUCGAGUGAGAACGUAGACAAAGAGAGAGCGUUGGGGAACGACACACAAAGAGGGUCGGAAGGAGACCCGGGGGCGCAGGGGCUGGUCACAACGGCGGCCAGUCUCCCGUGCCAUGGCGACGUGGCCCAAACAAAAGGAAGCGGCGAAGGGGGUGAUAGUGUGAAUAACGUGGCCGGCAUAAGAACUUCGGUCGGGGAAAUACCGUCUUUACAAGGUGACGUGGACGGACCUUCGACUUCGAAAAAAGACUCGACGACCGAAGCGCCACGAGUGUCUGAGGAAGGCGCAGCCAUAGAAGGAAGCAGCAGCGUGGGCGACGUCACUUCUCCCGAAUUCGUUCUGGAAAGUGGCAUUGAAGGGCACAAUGACGAGGUAAGUGUUGCAGAUCGAGGUGAUGUGUCAGUGUUGGGGAAAGAUGGGGAGUGUGAAGUAAGUGGGGCUCCCCCGGGAGGGGAACCGCCCAACUCUGGAGGACUGGUUCCUCCAGAGGAUACUCUCAAGUCUGUGCAUGACCCUCAAGAACAUAAAGAAAUUUCUGAUGUUGAUCCUAGUGCUCUUAGUAAUAAAAUAUCUUUAGUUCAUAAUGAGUGUCCACCCCCUAAAAGUGACAUUAGACUAGCAGAAAUUCCUUCAGAAGAUCCAAGCUCAGCGCCCAGAGUGGCUGCGGCGUCCGUAGGGGAGGGUAAGGCUCCCCACGCGGAGGGGAGUGGAAGCCAGUGUACAGACCGCAGGCAGAUCGAGUGCCAGGUGUUGCAGAAGGAGCCGAGACUGUCUCAGUGUUUAGUCAUUAAGACUGGAGCUCGAGAAGGGGAAGGGGAUCCUCUAGGGGUCCAGGGCGCGACCUCCGAGUGCCGGGUUAUGAGGUCUCGACCUCGCCUGCCGAGAGAGGAUUCCGAUGGGGAUAGCGGGGAGCGCGAACCUUCUCGAGCUACGUACGUUACUCAGGUCAGCGAUGAAGGCAUUUUUGAGGAAGAGAUUAAGAGUCAAGAACCCCGAGACUCGUCUGAUUCCUCGUCACAGGACAGCGUGGGUGUGUCUCAGGAACGUUGCGAGGAGGCCGUCGAGGCAGCUGCGGCGUCUGCCACAGAAGCUCCUGUUCGGACGGGGUCGCGGCGACGGAGGAAAUUAACCGAAGAAGGCAACGAACGGUCCCUCACCUUCCCACCGCCUAGGAAAGGGUCUCAGGCUGACUCUAUAGGAUACUCGUCUGUGGAGAGCAAUGGCCUCCGGAGCUUAGCUACGUCAGGUGGCUAUGGAGACCGAGGUAGUAGUGAGGAGCAGCGCAGCUCCGUUUCUCUCGCCGACAGCUUUCAGAGCGAGGCCAGCCAGCCUCGAGAUACGCACCAGCUACUUAUCAUCUCUGAGACUCGACCGAUCGACCGCGCCGAGCGUAAGAAGAAGCACCAUAGCGACCCAAGUUGCGAGAGGCGUGGCAGCACAGACGCCCUGCUGUACCUUAGCGACCCUCAUCUCGGGAAUACGACCUCAGAAGGGGAGGCGACGAGGACCUCCAGCAAGGGCGUCGUGUCCCAGGCGUCCACGGACUCCGAGGGACGGGAUGAGCGAGGGGAGCAGCCUAUCGUGGGCGUGCCGAGACUUACGCCGCAGGUAAUGUUCAGUGGACACGAGAGUGACGGUUCUGACUACCCACCGUGCCGCACGCCCGCCAGGAACGCUUCACCGAUUCCGUACCUUCAGGAUAGCGAUUCCGGGGACCGCAGCGCCCCCAGGAGCCCGCUCGGCCCUCGACGAUACUCCAAGAGGCCACUUCGCGGACCCUACGGCGAGAUGCUGGAGGCCGAGAUGAGCAAGUCGAAAUCCUCCUCGACGUACCUGACCGAAGACUCCUAUUUUCGUCUUCGGGAUGCGAAGAGCUGCUCGCCUCGCCCUCCUUCCCCCGCGUCUCCCGCGGUGAUGGCGGAGGGAACCGGCCGCCCGUCACUCAUCAUCCCCACCACCCGCUCCUUCGACGACUCUGCCAUUAGCAUAAACUACUCGAAUACCUCAGACAGGCCACUGCGUCGUAAAAUUAGCGAGGAGACAGACCCCGGGGCUACCUCCCCAGUGGGCGGCACAGCGUGGGAGAGCGACGGGGAGGGGACCCUUUCCCCCCCUCUCUCCAUAGGACCUAUCCAUCAGCGAACUGCUUCGUCCCCGUGUAAACUCUUCAGCGAGGGUGGGUUCACUUCUGAGGAGGAACAAGAGCUUGUGGACUAUUAUUCGGCUGCGACACGGUUACUGGCACACCAGCACCAGCGGUCUCAGCAGCACCGGCAGCAGCAGCAACAACAGCUGCAACCUGAGCUGACACAGCAGGAACAUCUCGGGAGUGAGCUAGCGUCUGAGGCGCGACACCCUGGUACUCACGAGCACAGGCACACCCCAGACCACAGGCACUCCCACAAGCGGCACAGGAGUUAUGUCAUGUAUAACAAAAUGCGUUUUGUGCACAAUCUCACACUUAUAUUUGGUGCUGUGUUGUCAGAAUGCGCUAAAUGUCUUAUAUUGUGUCCAAUGUCUAUUCUUGUGGAAAACGACGGUUUUAGGAUUCGAUCCCGUGAAAUUAAAAGGCAAAAUGCUGUCAGCGGCAAGGGCUUCAACUAG